CCCGACGUGGGAGCGGCACCGUAGAAGGGCUGGACCUCUCCCCUAGCCGAGUCGUCGAGGCGUGGCUCCUCAUUACGCGCAGGAACUUGUACUCCAAUCUCUCGAUCUUGACAAAGGCAAUCCGCAACUCCAUGUCUUCCCUUUCCGUGUCACAUCCCCAUGCCCAAGGCGACCAUGUCCAAGUCAAAUUUAGCCACCCCCUGUUUUAGACUCAAGCCCGCCUCCAGACCUGCCUCGCAACUCUCAAACGGCGUCACGAGUCGAGCUCACGGCGCACCCUGGCCGACAGCAUCAUCAGGGUAUGGAACUGUCGGCCGAGGGCUUCGGACUCUGCGUGUGUUCGUUGGGAGGACGAGGAGCUGCAGCCUCCACCGCCGCCGACUGCGAGGCGGUGACAGCGUGCGGUGCUACUCUCCCUGCUGCUUCGCGCAGCCGGUUUUCGGCCACUCCUCCCGGCUUCCGACAAGGCAGUAUGUCGGGUCAGUCAACAGCAGAGCCCCUGUCGACUCCAUCGCCGCACCCCUCUUGCUCAGUCCUAGACAAGACAUCCGCAUACACACAUACACGCGAGGACGGAUAGGAACAGGAGGCCAAGCAGAAGGUUACCCACCCCCGCCGUCACUAGCAAGCAACAAAUGCGCCAUCCCAGACUCGCUCCUCCGCGACGCCGCAGCAGCAACGACAACUACGUCUGCUGUUACUGCCGUUUACCCGGCCCUGGAGGCAGAAUCCCGUGACUUGGUGGCGUGCUACAUUGCUGGCUGAGAGCGCCUGGCCUGGAUCUUGCACCAGGCUGCUCAGAUUGAAGCCGGCAUGUGCCGCGACGCUGCGCAGAUGCGUGAGAUCACUGUCAUGCUUGAUGGUGGUGGUGGCGGUCGCGGGG